UCACCACCCUCUCAGGUGUAGGAAUGGGUGACAUGUACCAUUUUGACAAAAACCUCUCUUCUUCCUCUUCUCAAGAUGAAAUCUCACUUUUUCUGCGUCAGAUUCUCCUCCGUUCGUCUUCUUCUUCUCACCCCAUCCCUGGAUCCUGCAACCACAACGCUUCUCAGCAAAACACCAUCAAUGCACACCCUUAUCUCAUAUCUUCACCGCUUCAUGAUGGGAAGAUCUCACCCCUUGAUUCCGCUGCUGCAGGUGGUUCUGCUGCAAAUGUGUCUUCUUCUUCUGUUGGAGUUAGCGAGAACGAGAAUGAUGACUAUGAUUGUGAAAGUGAGGAGGGCGUUGAAGCUUUCGCUGAAGAAGUUCCAACAAAGCCUAUUCCUUCUAGGAGUUCAUCUAAAAGAUCAAGAGCUGCAGAAGUUCAUAAUUUGUCUGAGAAGCGAAGAAGGAGUAGGAUUAACGAGAAAAUGAAGGCUUUGCAAAAUCUAAUUCCAAAUUCUAACAAGACUGAUAAGGCUUCGAUGCUCGAUGAAGCUAUUGAAUACCUGAAACAGCUUCAGCUCCAAGUACAGAUGCUGUCAAUGAGAAAUGGAUUGAGUUUGCAUCCAAUGUGUUUUCCUGAAGGCUUGCAGACUCUGCAGUUGUCUCAGAUGAGUUUGGAGUUAAGUGAAAGAAACAGGUCUACCCCUUUAAACAUGACAGCUACUCUGCCUCUGCACCAAGAGAACCCCUUGCACUAUGCAUCCAAUCUGCCUAACAAACACACUGUGCCAAAUCAGCCAUCAGCACCCUAUCCUUCAUACAUUAACAACUCAGAAACUUCUUUUGGUAUAGAACCCCACAUUCCACAGCAUAUAAAACCCCUUCAACCCAGAGGGUCUUCUGAGCAGAUGCGAGGGGAAGGCAUAUUGCAGCACCGGCAAUCGAGUGUUAUCCAUUCAGACACCAAUACCUUAGGUGGUUCUCAAGCUGUGGAAGAAUUCAAGUCAGGCACGACAGCAUCACUCUCUUUUGACACGCAAACAUGUGAACUAAAGGACAACAACUCUUUGCAAACAUGCAUUGCCGGAAGAAACAGCGAGCCCAACAUUGUUCUUACAUCACAGUUAAGUAGGUAA